CCUCUGCGAAACCACAAACAGCACUUCCUACUGCUGCUGCUCCUCCUCAGAUGUGUUUCUUGUUGUGCCAGUCAAUAGGUGUUCUCUGUGCCAGUUUUGUCGCUGUGUGACCAACGCACGGGCCUUGUGCUCUGGCAUUCUGAGCAAUCACUAUACCUUGAAUGUCGUCCGCUCGAGCCCUUCGAGCGUUAGCAGUACAAGGGUCCACUAAAAUUGUCGUCCUGUGGUGCAGCCUGUGAAGCUCUUCUCUGACAACAUUUGCACAGUAGCGCAAAAUGACUUCAAUGCCUCAGACGCUUCGAAUUUUGGAGAACUCCCACGUCAACCGCGCUUUCUCCGAAGAAAUUUGCGAUUGUGAAUCGAGCAGCGCAACCCCGGACGGAUGUAGCGAGAAGUCGUACGAACCAGAGUGGGCCGAAAAUAUUGGCCCAAAAGGCGAAUUGUUCUACAUUGAACCCCGGUACAAGUCGUCGUUCGGGACAAGAUCCAUCACUGCCUCUGACAAGAGUUCUGGAAAUGACUCUCAAGUUGUGCGCUCUAAGGGCUUCGGCUCUGAAGCUAAAAACAAGUUCCGUAGCUUAGUAGGACGCAAAAAGGUCAAACACCACAGUGGUGACGGGCAGCUGGACGUUUCGCAGUGUCGAAAAGAGCCAUCGCUGCGCUCCUUCAACAAAGCAGAAUGCAUCGAAGUGUUCAUUGACGUUGAUCCGGGGCGUCACAAUUAUGGACGGAGGGCGACAAUUUGUGAAGCGCUGUUUGGCAUAAUACCCGGCACUCUGCCUUCGAGGCUUGCCACCGCCGAAAUGCUUGAGGAAUGCUCCCCUGUAAUGGUGCAAGGACUUUUGCCAGAUGGUGAGGCCAUCAAGACAGGAGCUAUAAAAAUUGGAGAUGUUCUGAGAAGCGUUGAUGGCUCGAGUGUUAAUGAGAAGAACAUUGAUACCAUUCUGCGGGGCAUUUCUAAAGCGCAAAAGGUGAAGCUCCAGUUUGUUCGCCCUGAAGAGAACACACUUGCUGCAUGUGACAAGUACACUUACCCGCAGAGCGUCAAUGCUCAAAGCUCGCUCAUCAAACAGUUGUCUGGAGACAGUGCAACGGUUCAGCAAGUAAAACAGCAACUUCGCCAAAUACCCCAUGCAUUCAUCUAUCAAGGCUUCUGCAGUGACAUGCACCAGCAGAAUGAACCGGCACGUCGAACUGAGCGAUUUUAUCGGUUUCCCGACCACGAUCAUACCCUUUCGAACCUAAGAGGCAUGUUUGUAACACUGAGUUGUGUGCUUGGAGAUGUUACUGCGACCAAACCACAGAGCAGUAGCCUCAGUGUGGAUGGGCAUCUGGUUCAUGUAGCCUACUUUCAUGAAGAAAAUGGUAUGGCUGUCCUCUGCCUUCCAGCCGCACAUGCAACUCCAGAAGAAGUUGGUAGUUUUCUGAUGGAAAUCGUGAAGCUUCUCAAGUUAGAAUACAGAUCAUUGACACAAGCUUUUAGGACUGUAGAGGCUCAUGGCUGCAUUGACUUAUUCCUGCUUCACUUCUUUCGGGAAAUGCUCUUGGAACCUGGACAGGAGUGUAACAGACACAGGUUCAUACGUUCUUUGCCUCAUGUUCAUUGGUUGCAUCUUCCCACGGAAGCUCAGGCUCAUGUUGACACUGUGCUAAGCGAGCUUGAGUCGGCAGAUGUGUCGGAGGCAUUUGAUCGUUCGUCCAGGUGCUUUACAUUCCUUGGCUCAUGUGCUUUCUACAAGGGAUUCCUCCUUGGGAACCACUUGCCCAAGGAUUACCUCGAAAGUGUAUUUCUGUAUUGCCGCCAUUAUCAGCUACUUACUCUCACAAAGGAAGAAUCAGUUGGGCAGGUGGUUGUGUGGAAGGAGAUUUUCCUUCAAGACGAGUUUGUGACUGUCCGGUACUUUGUGCUUAUUGUGGGGCUUAAGCACAGCCUCAUACUGUCGCUUCUUGAAGUUGGUGGCUGCGCAUCUGUUUCAGAGGAGAAUCCUGCGCCUGAUGCAUUUUAUAUUGACAGAGUUCAAAACUCCUUGCUUCAGCUUGACUCUCUUGGCGUGCUCUCUGUGGCUGAAAGUUUCCUUUCGAAUCAUGGCUCUGCACCUGGCUCAACAGUCAGUUCGGCAAGCUCCAGGAGCUGGUGCCAGAGCUCAAUGAAAGACAGCCAUUCAAGCUUGUCCCUCACAGUUCCCCCGUCACUGUCGCCAAGGCGAGCUAGAAGGAGUAGUGAUGUGGAACAGUGUCAUCUUUUGCAUUGCACGAGCAACCACUUUGACUGUUCUGAGCAUGACACUCAGAUGAGCAGAAGCUACAGCAGCUGUAGCGACAUGAACGGACUGCGUGCCCGACACUGCUCUAUCUCCACCAGCUCCGAUUGCGACUCCCGCACCAGUGGCAGUGACGUCUAUCAAGGACGGGACGAAAAGUUGCAUAGAGCUUUCACCAGCAGUUAUGACCUGAGCAGCCUUCGUCGCAGCCUCGAAGAUGGCAGCAGUCAGUGCCAAAGCCAGGCACAAACUUUGCUGUUAAAUACCUGCACUGAUGAAAAUCUUGUUUUUCACUACCUCAACAUAGAUGUAGGUGAAGGUGUCUUUGUUGCACCGGUGGAAUGGGCACUUAAAAGCAAUCUGGGUGCUGAGGUUGUUGACAACUUCUAUCGCUGUUGCCUCGAGAUCAGAAAGGUAUUUAACAGUACAGCAAAAGACACUCGAGCUGCAAGGGAAGAUGAGGGAGAGUGUGAGAGUAGGUUCCUUUCAGACAGAAGCCUUUCGUGUGUAAAAGAGCAUGGAGUGCUUUUUACCUGCCCUACCUCCAGUGGCAGCAGAAACCGAUCCAAGGGCCCCGUUUCAUACUGGGUUGUGGGCCGCCUUUUUGCUGACAAGUGUCAACCGAGGGAGGUUUAUGUCUGUAUGCACGAGGAUGUGUCUGCAACUGCAUUGGAGAUGGCAUUCAGGCUCUCCUUCGGCUUGCAGAUAUAAAAGCUGCGUAUUUGUCUCUUGUACCUCACUUACCACAGAGGUGUCAAGUGGAGCAUCUGUAUUUAUAACCACAUACUCAUCUGGCAUUACUUUUGUUAUGCUUUAUUUAUUUUUGUGUGUAGCAUUGCCUACAAGUUUGGUAUUUUGUAUCACAGCUUUGUUUAGAAGUGUAUGUUGCCUAGAAUGCUGCCUAUAAUUAGAAGCUGGUAUUAUUUUUAAGUGCAGAAAACAUACAAAAUGCAAACAAGAGUAUACUGAAUUUACUCUCACAACUUCAAUUCUGAAAAAUGUCAAGAAUUUGUUUGAGCAUGUACACUAGAGAGAGACAUUAUGUACUUCCUUUUGGGAUUUUAAGUGAUUUAUGAUAUAUUGGUUGUUAAAGCAAAUACUUUCUGAAAUUCUUUUAAAAAAUUAAGUUUUUCAAACCAGAAAGCCAGUCUCUAAAGCAAGCUGUCAGAUUUGACGGACAUCAGUAAUUUGGCUCUUUUACAAUGCCACGGUGAAUGCGCCCUCCCCCUAGCGAAGAUUCGCAAAACGUCUGUUGAUCUUGAAGGCUUCACUUCUGGCCAUACCGGUUGUCCCAGCCCCUACCUCAACAGCAGGGAGCAGCACAAAAAAAUGGAAAAAGUGGAUUGUGAGGAACACACAAAUUAUACUUUCAAUUGACUGAAAUUAUCUAAAAAAAUUUCAUUAGCAAUAUAUAGUAAUUAUUGCUAAGGGCAAGUUUGCGGCCAUGGAGAUUACAACGCCUUAUCAGCUUUUGAACCAAAAAGCUCACUUAGUCACCUAA